AUGAAGCGCCAUUCCACUUACGGCCAGUCACCAAAUGCCAAGGCAGUGCAAAAUAAACGAUCUCGGACGUCGCAGAUUUUAAGAGCUGAACAAGCCAGUCUCCACGAUGGCAGGUCCGCUCAACAUGAAGCGGAGGACUACCGCCUCGCCACAGCCAGGAUGCCCUUAGAUGCUCUGUCGUGUGUCUGGAGAAAGGGCACCAACCGACACCUGAACCGCCAACAUGUAGAGAAACUAUGCAAUGCUUUCCAGCAAGGUAAGUUAAAGCGACAAGAAACUGAGAACCAUUUGUUGGUGCAGUGCAGCGCAGAAGCCGUAAGGCGUAUGAUGAGCCAUCUUGGGCAGCUGGGGCAUCACUCGCAGUGCAACCAAGUACUCUCGUUUGAGGACUGGUUGGUGGUCAACCCCCAUGAGAAGGCAGAAGUCAUGGCAGGCCAGCACAGGAUAGAGGCAAUGCGCGAGUAUGUGAAGCAAAUGGGAGCAGAUAGUAAGGAGACGUGGUGGACAUGCAUCAUAUACGAUCGAGACCAAACUCCGGCAGAGAUUAAUGUCAAGCUACGUGUCAACCGUCGCGACCUAUCUCUACCUGAUAGCCAUGGCCAGAUCUGGAUGCAGCUCGUGCUGGCAAAUGACCAAUGCGAUUCUCUCUUUCAGGGGAAGAAGUACGACGUGGAAAAGCAAAUUAUGGAUAUCCUACGACUGAGUACCGCCGACAAAUUUCCCACUGCUCGACUUGUGACUCUCUGGAGAAACCACCGUUGGAGGCCGAUGAUCACUCGUUGGUGUAAGACACGGCUUGGCAGGAUGACUUUCAACAUCUCAACCUGGGAUUGGAUGGCGAGCUAUCGGGUUGAUAGCUACUGGUUCACCACCUUUGAGCAGGUUCUCGAGUCACUUGCUGAGCUACCUGAGGAGUGUGCAGACAGCCUGCAAGCUUCAGAUUGGGCCAAGUUAGCAGAGACACUGCCUAUCAGUCCCACAGAAAUAGAUGUGCAACGGCUAUUUUACCCCAGCCAAACAGCAGACGAAUCCAGCGCCACGCGUCGCCACGGCUUCCUUCUAGAGCUGGGCGACGAGGCUUACAGCCGCACCUAUCACCGCAUCGUAGAUCGCCCCAGGCUGACAUUCCCAAAUGUCCAAAAGCUUCUCAAAACAACGAAAGAGGAAGGUCGGAUUAUGAUGCAGGUCUUGGCCCACGUGGUCGCGUGGUUGAAUCCCAAUCCCACCGCCAUCAUAGACAAGCGACAAAACAACAAGCCCCUGAUUCGGGAGGAUCUCAAACCAGCGAUUCGAGAAAGACAGCUCACUUUACUGAUAAGAGAUGGAAAUAGCAACAGUGGAAUUAACGCCAGGACAAUGGGAAAGGAAGACCAAGCCGCUCAGUUGGAGACACUCUCGAUUCAGCUCGAAAAGGCAGUUCUCGAUGCAGUCCGGGACCAAAUGGCCUCGUUCAAGUCAGUGGCUACCAAGGACUCUUUGUCCAUCUUUCCAAACGACGACAAGGAUGGUUAUCAAAAACGGUUCGCCAACAAGCCAUGGAAAAAAGUGUUGGACACGGUCGAAGAAAUCAUUGGCCCAGUGUUUGCGUCAUCACUUCUGCCAACCACUUUCCAAACUACUGGCGAUGCUACGAACCAUGACCAGCCAAUGUCCAAGAUUACUCGAGAAAUUUGUGCACGAGUCCUCGAAAUCUCGGAAGUCGCCCAGAAUCCAGCCCUUCAAUGCCCCGAGGCGUAUCAAGAGCUGAGCGCCUCGAUAAACCAAGCCGUUCUUCAGUGGACACUGCGAUGGUCUCGCCACCAACAGGCAGAUGGUCAUGACAGGCUAGAGUCUCAUGAGAUCCCGAAGGUGAUCGAAAAAGCUCAAGCUUCAUACGAAUCACAACAGCCUCUGAACGCGUGUUUCUCGCCAAACUUGGAUCGAAAUGACCAGGAUCAGAUUGACGCUGCCAUCACCCAAGAUAAGAUCAAACAAGAAAACAAAGGCGUAUUCCCAGGUUUCGUGGCCAUCGUUUCAGUCUUUGUUUAG